ACCUUUAUAUGUGCACACUCCUACAAUUUCUCAAUUCUACACAUCAAAUUCUUCCAUUAAUUAGUCUCCUAGCAUAGUUGAAUUUCUUCUCCUUUUCCUCCAAAAGAAAAAAGACUAAUGGUUAUAAUAGAUAUACAAACCAAACUUCGUGUAGCUCUUGGCACAAUGAAAGAUCAAGCUUCAAUUGGCAAAGCCAUGAUGUAUAACCAUCAACAACAUGAUGGUUUUUCCAACAUAGAGAUUGCAAUUCUUCGUGCAACUAGUCAUGGCAAUAACACAAUUGAUGACAAAUACAUGCAUGAAAUCCUUUUCCAUGUAUCAAACUCAAAAGGCUCAAUCCCUUUUCUCGCCGAGAGAAUUUCGCGCCGUCUAUGCAAAACCAAAGACAAUCUUGUUGCUCUCAAGACUCUUGUUUUGAUUCAUAGACUUCUUAGAGGCGGAAACCGAACAUUCGAACAAGAUUUAUGCAAAGCUCAUGUUUCUGGUCAUUUGCAAAUCACCAUAAUAAGGUAUGGUUGUGUUACAAAGAAUUUUUAUGACCCUUUGGUUAGUUUUUUACACAAGUAUGCAUCUUAUCUUGAAGAAAGAAUGAGUUGGCUCAUAAACCAAGGUGGAAAACUUGAACCUAUUAUGUCUAAAGGGUUAGAAUUUAGGAGAUAUGGUGAAAAGUCUUUUGAUAUGGCAUUUAGAAUAUUGCCUAAAUGUCAAAUUCUUAUUGAUAAGGUUUUGGAAUUUUCACCAUGUGAUAUUUUGAGGUCAAGUCAUCAUCAUAAUCAUCAUAGUCAUGCUCAUGUUGCUAUGAGCAAUAUUUUGAGAGAAAGUUUCCAAGUUUACAUGACAUUUUCUGAAGGCAUUGAAGCACUUGUUAACAUGUUCUUUGAGUUAGAAUCAUCAGCCAAAAACUUAGCUUGUGAGAUACUCAAGAAAGGCUCUAUUCAAAGUCAAAAGCUUCAUGAUUUGUAUCAAACAUGUAAAAAGUAUGUUGAAAACAAGAAUCUUGAAUACCCUUUUGUUCAAAUUAUAAGUAUGAAUCAUAUAAUGGCAUUAGACAAAUUUAGUUGUCAACAAAAUCAAGUUGAAGCUUCAAAUGUCUCUAUAUCAAGAAACUCAAAAUUUCCUCAAAUUUCAAGCCUUUUCAAUAGUUCAAAGGAGAUAGAGUUGGAAGUAACUUCAAAAGAAAGAAAGAAAGAUGAAGAGAAAGUUGAUUUAAAUUUUCCAACAAUUCCAACUCUUUUUUCAUGGACACUAGAGACCAAAAUAAGCAAAGUUUGGGUGGUGUUUGAAGAUGAAGUUCCUAGUGAAUCACAUAUUCUUCCAAGGGAAUGAACCUUAAUAUUCGUUUGGAAGAUUUUUUUGUUUGGUUUUUAACCAAACCUUUCCCAAGGGAAUGAACCUUAGUAUUUUGAGUUUGAUUGAAUGUAAAUAAAAUUUGAUUAAGUAUUGUUUAUGUCAUUAGUUGAUCAAGUUUAUUAAACAUUUGA